UGCGGUAAUGCUGCCUGACGCUGGUGCCAACCGCCACAUAACACAAGAAGAAGAAACAUGCUCUCUGAAGUCUAAUCCUGAACCUAGCAUCUUGUUUUAAAGCGUUACAGUGUGACUUCGGGGAGUUAAUGAGGAUGCUGGAUAUCUGCUGACAGUCUGCCGUCCAGAACACAGUAGAAGAAAUGGCGCCUUUAGUUGGAGUGGAGCUGAUCCAGACACCUGUGCAGCUCUAUCGAUACCUGCUGAGAUGCUGCAGGCAGUUACCGUCCUCAGCCAUGCAGCAGCAUUAUCGGCAUGCCAUACGACAGGGUUACAAUAGCCACUCAGAUGAAGACGACCCAGAGAGGAUCCAGAUGAUCAUCCAGAGAGCCAUCAAAGAUGCAGAAUGGAUUUUACAUCAAUAUACAAAGAAGUAGCAGUCUCCAUUGGACAUGAGGACAUAC